AUGUCUGGGGUGAGGGACAUCUCAGCAGGUGGUCCUAUUAAUCGUAGAGUUCUUGAUCGUUUCACAAGUAAAUUAUCGGAUGAAUCGUUUCUUUUGGAUGCUGUAUUAAACGAUGCAUGUAAGAGGGCGAAUCUCUCUAUUCCAACCUCUGUGGAGCUAAUACCUGAUUUUAAAUGGUGGAAAAAGCUUUGUUUCGCUUGUGGUGAGAGACCUUCUACAUCUAAGUAUGGAAGGUCAUUAUUACGUCAACGGCUCGUAUGGGCACUCUCUGAAAGAUUAGCUAUAGAUGAAGUUUUUCGUUUAAAUGGUCACGAAAUUGAGAAAGAAAAGGUAAUUGAACCAAUAAUAAUAAUUGGUUUGCCUCGUAGUAAUGGGCAUCAGGCAGCUCAUGUUUUGUCUCGUUCAGGACUUUUCGUGGCUUUAAAACAGUGUGAUACGUUAUCACCUUCGCUUCUUCUUGAUAUAGAUCGACAAAGUGCUUUUUAUCGUCAGUUUAGGUGGUUUAAUCAAAUAUCUCCUGAUUUUCGUUGUGUACGAGUUCUUAAUUCCAAUCAGAUUGAUGAUGAUAUCAGUCUACAACUUAUGUCUCCACAGUCAUAUGCAUGGGGUCUUCUUUGUGGAUUAGAUGGAUAUCUUUUGGAAUGUCUACAAGAAGAUCAAACAGAGGUUUAUAGAAAUCUAAAACGAAUAUAUCAAUUAUUUCAGUGGUAUAAACGUUGUGGACACUUUUCAGAAAAUGUUUUACAGGAAAUUAAUCCAAUAAAUAAUCCGAUUGAGGAACAAAAAUAUGGAGAGAAAAGUUCAUUAUUACGAACACAGUGGUUGAUUUUUUCCCCUUUUGCCCUUCUGAGUAUUGAAUCUAUUCAUGAAAUAUUUCCUGAUAUGAGGAUUAUUUGGGUUCAUCGAGCAUUAUCUCAAUGCCUACCGUCACUUUGCUCCUCAUUAGCUAUUCACAAUUCUAUCUACAGUGGGAAAACACCAACUGAUUCUCAGUUACUGACAAUAGGUGAUAAAGUUUUGGGUAUUUUCGGUUCAGGUACUGAAUAUAGUAUAGAUUAUUUGGCUAACUUUGAUAAAUCCCGAAUGGUACAUUGGUCCAAUCGUGAUGUGAAACGUCACACAACACGAUUAGCUACAAAAACCUUGCAGUAUUUUGGAAUUGAGGUCGAUAGAUACCGUCGAAUGCAGAUGAUUGAUGGUCAAACAGAAUACGUAGAUACUUUUCGUCCAUUACAUGAUGCUCAAAUGCCUUAUUUUGGCUUACAUGAUGGUGUAAUUGGUGAUGUAUUUCAAAGUUAUAUUCAUCAAUUUGAAGAGUUUGCGUAUGAAAAGAAAUUUGGAGUUACAGUUGAAAAUUAUCAACCACUGGCAGCUCCUGCGGAUCAGCAAUCACUUGGAUCAUUACAAAUUAAAGGUGGUGAUGAAUCCUCAUAUCCUUCUUUAGCAGAGGGCCAGCCAAUUGUGGGUCACUUCUUACAAGAAGGGAAGGGAUUCAAAUAA